UUAACAACUGUUUGCAUCCAGCGGCUGGCAAUGAAGCAUUGCGCCGCUGGCAUCAUCUCUGAAUAUGGGCACCAUGGUCCUGAUGUGCCGCGAACUGAAGCGCCCCUGGACCCUCAUCACAGGACUACAUUCCUCAACAUGGGAGCCCUAUCGAAGGCAGCUGGUGGAUUGGCAGGUGCGGCGGGCGUGGCAAAUGCGGGUGCUGGGCAAAGCAAACUGAUCCCGGAGCCCAAAGCAGAAACACCACGCGACCGCUUCAAGCUGAUGCUGGCGAUGAAACGAACAGGCUAUCCUGAUGAUCAUUCCCCGCAACCUGAUGCUGGAAGCCGAGCUCAGAUGGGCUUCAAAGCACUUCAUUGGGCGCGACAUGAGGUGGCAUCUGCACUACGCGCUAUGGAAAGCAUGAAAUUUGUGAAAGAGCAAGCGAGGGUAGCAAAAGCCAUUGCGGACAAAGCGGCCGUACAGUUGACCUAUUUGAUGGAGUCUCCCUGUGCCAGAGGUGUUGAUAGGGAGCCUGGCGAGUCUGCGGUGCUCCCACCUGACAAGAGUGAACUAGGGCUACCGAGCCUGGACAUGGGGGACAUGAAGCAAGGCGCAGAACUUCUCAGCAAGUUAGCAGCCAGCCCUUCUGCGUUCGCCGCUUUUUGCCCCACAAUUCCGUUCUCUCAACGGCGGGUUGGCAGACAACGCGACUUUCUCUAACAUGCGAAAAAGAACGCGGCUCGAGCCGCGAGCGCAGGUUGCCCGAAGUCUACCUGAAGCAGUGCACAAGGAACAC